GCCAUGGCGUGGCCUGCGCGCGCAGCCGUCUGCCGUUGCCGACCGCGGGUGCACCGACGAUGCGCCCCUCCCCUCUCUGGCCAGCGGUGCGCCCCACUCCCCUUCAAUCAGCGGCGUCGCGCCGGCGUCACUCGCGGCUCAGUCUGCACGGGUGUAGGUCCAUCCGCUGCGACCCGACCCCAGCCGACAUCUGGCGCGAGCCGGCGGUGUCUGGUGUGAGCGGAGGACUGGACGCAGCAGACGCGGCUCUGUCCCACCACCACUGACCGGCCACAGCGGCGGCUGGCGGGGACCGGCUGCGUUGGGCAGCAGAGUCUGACUCAGGAGAGCAUCGAUCGACGGCGGGCAGAGUGCCAGUGGUGAGCGGGGCCCGUCGGAACCGGCGACACCAUGCAGGCGGCGUCAGUGAUUGCGCGACGGGUUGUCGGCCUGAGGGGCUGCACCCAGGUUCGAUGCCUGACCUCUGUCGUGAAGGAUUCUGGACUGCCGGACUUCAAUGUGGUCAACGAACCUCUGCUCAGCUACCUGCCGGGUAGCGCGGAGCUGCAGCAGCUCGAGGCGGCCCUACAGAAGCACGGCGCCACCGUGGCCGAGGUGCCCAUUGUCAUUGGCGAUGAGGAGAUUCGUACCGACCUGGUGCGCUACCAGCCGCGGCCUCACGACCAUAAAAACCCCGUGGCCAAGUUCUACCACGCCACCCCGGAGAUCGUGCAGAAGGCGAUCGACAACAGUCUGUCGGCGCGUGAGGCGUGGGAGAAGGUGCCCCUGUCGGAGAAGAUCGACAUCUUCCACCGGGCGGCCGACAUGAUGGCCACCAAGUACCGGCAGGACCUCAACGCCACCACCAUGCUCGGACAGUCCAAGACGGUGGUGCAGGCUGAGAUUGACGCCGCCGCCGAGCUGGUGGAUUUCCUCCGCUUCAACGCCUUCUUCGCCAAGGAGCUGACCAAGUACCAGCCCAUCAGCGAGGACGCCUCGGUCACUAAGAAUUCGAUGCGCCUGCGCGGCCUGGAGGGCUUCGUGGCCGCUGUGUCACCGUUCAACUUCACGGCGAUUGGCGGCAACCUGGCGUCCGCGCCGACACUCAUGGGUAACGUGGUGGUGUGGAAACCGUCCGACACGGCUAUCCUGAGCAACUACACGGCGUACCGGAUCCUGCGCGAGGCCGGUAUUCCGGCCGGCGUCAUCAACUUUGUGCCGGCGGACGGGCCUGUGUACGGCGACACGGUAACAGCGUCUCCGGAGCUGUCCGUCGUCAAUUUCACCGGAUCGGUCCCCACAUUCCAGCACCUGUGGAAGCAAGUGGGCAACAACAUCGCGCGCUACCGCGGCUUCCCGCGGCUGAUCGGCGAGUGCGGCGGCAAGAACUACCACUUUGUGCACCCGACGGCCGACGGAGCCACUGUGGCCGCGAGCACCAUCCGCUCGGCGUUCGAGUUCGGCGGCCAAAAGUGCUCCGCCUGCAGCCGGCUCUACGUGCCGCGCAGUCGCUGGGACGAGAUCCGGACUCUAAUGUUGAACAUUCACAAGGACGUCAAGAUCGGCGAUCCGACGAAGAAGGAGAACUUCUUCGGCGCCGUGAUUGACGAGAAGGCAUUCCAGCGCAUCAAGUCGUACAUCGACCACGCCAAAAACUCGCCGGAUCUGGAUAUUAUCGCCGGCGGAGGCUGUGACGACAGCACCGGUUACUUCAUCGAGCCCACGAUCGUGGUUUGUAAGAACCCGUCCGACAAGAUCAUGCAGGAGGAGAUCUUCGGCCCGGUGCUGAGCGUCUACGUGUACGAGGAUGGUCAGGAGGCGGCCACACUGGACCUGAUCGGCCGCUGUCCGUACGGCCUCACCGGAGCCAUCUACAGCCAGGACCAGGCUUUCGCCGAGUUCGCGCUGGAGAAGCUGAAGAUGACGUGCGGCAACUUCUACGUCAACGACAAGUCCACCGGGUCCAUCGUGGGUCAGCAGCCCUUCGGAGGCGGACGCAUCUCAGGCACCAACGACAAGGCCGGCGGGCCGCACUACAUGCUCAAGUUCUGCUCGCCCCAGGCGAUCAAGGAGACCUUCGUGCCGCUGCCGCACUGGAAAUACCCCUACAUGGAGUAGGGCCGGCGCCGUGCGUACCCUUCCAACAACCCAAGGAAGUCGUCAUCUGUCGUCGUGUGGUCAAGGAAAACAUUGCAUACGUUCAACCCCUGUCGAUUAUGUUUAAAAUUGGAUCGAUAUGAAAGGCCGUCUUUUAACUCGAGAUUAGGUAUAUGAAAUAUAAGACGUUUAGUAACGACAGUGCUACUUUUUAUGUCGAUCUAUUUCUUGUUUGUGAUUUGAAACAAUUCUGUCGACAAUGUUCAGUACUUGUUUGUCACUACAAAUUAUUUUUUUCAAAAUCGUCCUCUUCCUUGCCCGAUUUAUAUGGCCCGUGGGGUCUGGAGCAAAGUGUAAGAAGCCACUAGCUAGAUAUGUGUGCCGCUGUAAAAUUACAGGCAUUGUGGUGUUUUCAUUUUAAUACAGGCACAUUAAUAAUGUUUGUCUGAACUCAGACGUGUCUAGCAUGUCCGGAGUUCAGGGUUCAAGCGAUGUGUCAAAACGAUCGAAGUUGAUGCACCUGUCUAUAUUUAUUUGUAGGUGUUUGGGGGCUCCAGCUAUCUUCUGUCCAACGUACUAAUUGGUCAUUUUCGAUUUUCUGUUAGGUGCACUAUAUGUUAAUAGGAGUUAAUUUACGGAGCUUAUGAUAACUCAUUCAGUAUGGCAACGGGAACUCUAAAAAGCUGCCUUACUUCGCCAUUUAUUGAGCGUUUUGUCAACAGCUAACGUCCUUUUAUUGGUAAAAACGCAACUAGGUGUUCAGGUACAAGCUGAUUGUAGGUUUAUAUUUUAUUCAACCACGUAGAUAUCUAAGCAUUUGUAUCCGAUAGCUGCAGCCGCUUUUUAUCGGGCGUUCGAUGUGUAGUUAUUGUCAGUCCGGCCCUCUCUGUGAGCAUGGGCCGUGACGGCGGCGCAGAGCCCUGUGACGAAGCUGUAAACCGGUGAGGCUCGUGUCGCAUGGCAGUAAUGCAAACCCGUGGACUUUGUGUCAGACUACAGAGCUCAGAAUACAAACGCUGAGUAA